AGUUUCGACUUCGUUGUGGAAACGAGCAGGAGCAAGAUAAGUACACUGGAGCAACCAUGGUCAAGAUUUUCAUUGGGAACCUGUCUCAGGACACUGGAAAGGAGGACGUUGAAGCUCUGUUUACCCCAUAUGGCACAGUGACAGAAUGUGCCAAGUACAAAAACUAUGCUUUUGUCCAUAUGGACGACCGAAAGUCAGCCACCAAAGCCAUCCGUGAGCUCCAUCUCUUCAAGCUGGAUGGCAGACCCAUCAAUGUGGAGCCCAGCAGAGGGAAGAACCAGGGCCCUGUGAAGCUCCACAUAGCCAAUGUAGAAAAGGGCUUCGAUGAUGAGCUCCGUGAGCUGUUUGAAGAGUACGGCACAGUCAAAGAGUGCGCCAUUGUCAAGAACUUUGCCUUCGUCCACAUGGCCAAUUCUGACGAGGCCAUGGAUGCCAUAAAGGGUCUGGAUAACACAGACUUUCAAGGAAAGCGAAUACAUGUCCAGGUAUCAAAGAGCAGACCCAGAGGGGCACCUGAUGAGGAGGAGGACUAUCCGCCUCCGCCAAGCAGAGGAGGCUAUUAUCCUCCUCGCUUCCCAGGGGAGAGGCCCGAGCCUCCCUACAGAGAGCGCAUGUCCGCUUACGCUCCUCCGCCGCUGCCUCCACCACCCCCUCCCCCGAGACGAGCACCAUAUCCCGACCGUGGCUACGGUGAGCGAGACGCCUACGGGAUGGUCGAUUACUAUGAGAAAUACAGAGCCCGUCCUUACAGCACGGGGGGCUACGAUGACAGGCGCUCCAGUAUCAACCCCCCUCCUCCGCCUCCUCCCUCGGCACUGGUUAGGGAACGUCUCGGAAUGGGGGCCCCUAGCCCAUACGAUCGACACCCCCCUGCUCCGCCCUCCUACAUGGCCAGGGACCGGAGCCCCAUCAGACGAGCCCCCCCUCCGCCUUCUAUGUCAGCUGGUAAUGGGUACCCCUACGAGCGAUCCAGGCUCUCCCCGCUGUCCAGGGCUCCAAUGUAUGCAUCCCAGAUGUAUGCAGCUCCCCGCCCCAGGGACCCCUUCUCAGGGGGGGCGCCGCCACCACCACCACCACCUCGAUAUGCAAGCUAUUAGGCACACAAGAGUGUAAUUCAAGGUUUAGAAUAUGACAAGAUCGUCGUCGUCUGCUGAUGUACGUGGCGCUUUACAUCCCCCUCGUCUAUGGCGGAUUGCGUUGCGUUCGCCUGAGACUUACUGGAAGAUACUGUAUUGCAGACAGCCCCAUACUUUAACAAAUAUGAUUCCAUGUCUACAGUUCACGUACUCUUCUGAGCUGUUCAUGCUUCUUCUGUUCCUCUGCUUGUUUUACUGUUCAAAUCCUUCAAGUGUUUUGCAGAAUAGGAUUCUGGCUUAGGUACUUAGUGUAUUUCAGUGAGACGCAGUACUGUUAAUGGCCAAAAUCCCUCUGCUCUUCAACUUUUCUAAAAUGAUAUGACCUCUGGGAAACUGUGACAUUAUUUCAUAACAAGGGAAGUCAUUUUAAUUAAAAAAGAUUUAGUCUUUGUAAACAAAAUUAUUGUGCUCGGACCGAGGUUGAUCACAAAAUCAAAAAAAAGUUAUAAAUAAGUCAGUGUAGAAGCAUGACAAAAGUUCCAGUGUGGUUUUGUUCUUUUUAAACUUUGUGUUCUCUUUUCUUGCGAAAAUAGAAUCUAUAGCACCAUUAUGUAUGAUUUUAUUUACUUUACAAGUUGCUUUUCAUUUGAAGGCUUUUUAAUAAAAAAAAAUCAAACCAAAAUCUCCGUUUUAACUGUCAAAUUAUUCCUUGUUGGGGUAGGCCUUUUUAGUCUGACUCUGCAGGCAGCCGCCAUUCAUCAGAUCAGUUGUACUUAGUAAUACCCAGGCGUUGAACUCCUAACGCGCUUCAGCUUCAUUCUUCACACCCUUCAGAGUUCUCCUCUUGACACAUGGUGGGUGAUGUUUUGUCAGCCCUGUGAAAAUGCAGGAAAACACGUGAGACGUUAGAUCUUUGUUUGCAAACCCAAACUGCUUUCCACUAAAAUCUGGUAAUGAUUCACGUUCACCUGAGCACCCGAGCUUGUGAUGCAAAGUGAGGGGGGAAAAAAAACACAUUUCAGAGCGGCUGAUACCCGACGUGACGACGGUCAAAUUCAUCUCUAUUUCUCGAGUCAUUAAAAGUAGAUUUUGAUUCUGACGUCCCCUCUGUGACCCUCAUAGAGCUCUAUCCGCGACGUUUCCACAUCGCGUCCAUCUGCUGCAGCGCGUCGUCCCCGGGUCACAUGGAGCUGCGUCUCUCAACCGUUGCCUACCGUGUGUCAAGCCAAUCAGUGGUUUUCUUAGAAGUAAAACAAAAAUCAACUAAGCUUUGCGACGGCUCAUGUUUCUGUCGUCUUGCGACAAUUGUUCUCAAGUCUUGAUUUGGAUCUUUCAUUUAUUUGUCAUUGAGUUCACACUACAUGUUGGUCACACUUUGUGUUAUUGUCAUUAUUCUCAACUAUAUAUUUAUACCACAAAUUGCAUGCAGUCUUGGUAUUCUUAGUAUUUGUGCUCUUUGUAGGUUGUUAGACUCAAUGCAGGAGAUGGCAGCUCAUGGUAAGUCCUCCUUGGAAGAUGUGCAGCAUCCAGUAGAACUGAGGUAGGCGUCAUUUAAACUUUUUAUUGCUAAACACCACUUACUAAUGCGAUAAACUGUCUCCUGCCUCCCUCUUGUGUUUAUGCAUUCAUACUGACUGCAGUGUUCCAUACAACUUAACUUUUAUUUUCAAAAUCAGGAAACCAUGACAUUUUAAAAUCCUCCAGCACAGGAAAAAAAGUAAAAUGUAUUCUUUAGUUUUACAUUGUUUAUAAAUAAUCCUAGGUAUGAUGUAAUGAAGAAAUAAGAUGGAGGAUAUGUGAUGAGUGGGACGGCUUACUCUGUCUCUGUCUACAGGCCUGUCUCUGCUCUGCCAGCUGCAACGAGUCUGGGGAUGAAUUCUCUGAACGUUACCAGUUGGGGAAAAAAGUGGGAUCAGAUGUCCCUGUAGUUAGAGGAAGCGGAUGUGUCCUCAGUGAACGUUUGGUGUAUCGGUCGGGGAUCUGGAGGGAAUGUCCAGUCCUCUGAAAACCUGAACUGGCUCAUAUUCUUUCUUUGCAGUUGAUGACACCAAAAUAAUGGGUUUGAUAGAGAGCAAUGAGUUCAGAUCAGUCCUACAGGUCACAAUGUGGAUUGAUUCUUAAUGACCUGAAACAUCUCAAACUGACAGGGGUCCUCUAACCAACCCU